AUGGUAGCAUACACAACUAUUGGUAAUAGUAACACGGUAACAUACACAACUAUUGGUAAUAGUAACAUGGUAACAUACACAACUAUUGGUAAUAGUAACACGGUAACAUACACAACUAUUGGUAAUAGUAACACGGUAACAUACACAACUAUUGGUAAUAGUAACACGGUAGCAUACACAACUAUUGGUAAUAGUAACAUGGUAGCAUACACAACUAUUGGUAAUAGUAACAUGGUAGCAUACACAACUAUUGGUAAUAGUAACAUGGUAGCAUACACAACUAUUAGUAAUAGUAACAUAGUAGAAUACACAACUAUUAGUAACAGUAACAUAGUAGCAUACACAACUAUUGGUAAUAGUAACAUGGUAGUAUACACAAAUAUUAGUAAUAGUAACAUAGUAGCAUACACAACUAUUGGUAAUAGUAACAUGGUAGCAUACACAACUAUUGGCAAUGGUAGCAGUACAUACUUCUUAAUGGUCUAUUGA